CCCCUGCAGCUCGCCCUGCUCCUGCCCGGCCGGCCCUGCCUCCUCCUCCUCCUCAUGGUGCUGCUCCUGCUCCGCGGGGCCGCUCCUCUUGCCGGCGGGCAGCAGCUGCUCCUCGCCCGCCCGCUCCAGCCCCAGCCAGCUGCCCAGGCCGCGCAACAUGGCUCAGGGGCGGCGGCCGCGCUCGGGCCGAGCCGGCGCUGCUGCGGAACCGCGGGCGGCCGCUGCGCGCUGCUUCCGCGUGCGCCACUUCCGCCGGGGAAGGGCCGCGGCAGGGCCGGCCGGGCGGAGCGGGGCGAGCGGCAUCUGCCGCGCCGGGGGCGUCCCCGGAGGGGGUCGUCCCGGCCGGUGUGUGCCCAGCGGGGGUGUCCCCGGUCGCCGGCCCCCGCGCGUGUGUCCGUCCCCGUUGCCGGGGCUGCGCUCGGAGGCGCGGUACCUGCAGGCGCUGUGUCCCCCAGGGCAGGUGCCGGCCCCGCCCCGCCGGCGGUGCGCUCGGGCUCGGCUCUCCCGCGGCGGGCUCUCCUGCUCUGCGCUGCCGGGCUCUGGUCGGAGCAGCCGCCUUUAACACCGACAUUUCCAGCUCAAGGUCGUUGUGUGUGUGCUGAUUUUCCAAUGAAGUACAUCUUGGUAACUGGUGGUGUCAUCUCGGGCAUUGGCAAAGGGAUCAUUGCAAGCAGCAUUGGCACCAUUCUGAAAUCAUGUGGUCUACGUGUCACUGCCAUCAAAAUUGAUCCUUACAUAAACAUAGAUGCUGGAACCUUUUCACCAUAUGAACAUGGUGAAGUUUUUGUAUUAAAUGAUGGUGGAGAAGUUGACUUAGAUUUGGGAAAUUAUGAGAGAUUUUUGGACAUCAAUCUCUAUAAAGAUAACAAUAUCACCACUGGAAAGAUAUAUCAGCAUGUCAUUAAUAAAGAAAGACAUGGUGAUUAUCUGGGAAAAACCGUUCAAGUUGUUCCACACAUUACUGAUGCAGUUCAGGAAUGGGUAAUGAAUCAGGCAAAAGUUCCUGUGGAUGAUGACAAAAAAGAGCCACAAAUCUGUGUAAUUGAGCUGGGUGGAACUAUUGGAGAUAUUGAAGGAAUGCCAUUUGUUGAAGCAUUUAGACAGUUUCAGUUCAAAGCAAAAAGAGAGAACUUCUGUAAUAUCCAUGUUAGCCUUGUACCACAGCCUAAUGCUACUGGUGAACAGAAGACAAAACCAACACAGAACAGUGUUCGAGCACUGAGGGGUCUAGGCUUGUCUCCAGAUUUGAUAGUCUGCAGAAGUGCAAAACCUAUAGAAAUGGCUGUGAAGGAGAAGAUUUCCAUGUUUUGUCAUGUGGAGCCUGAGCAGGUGAUAUUUAUUCAUGACGUUUCUUCUACUUACCGAGUACCAAUCCUAUUGGAGGAGCAAGGCAUCAUUAAGUAUUUUAAACAGAGGCUAAAUUUACCUAUUGAUGACCAGCCAAGUGAUCUUCUAAUGAAGUGGAAGAAAAUGGCUUGCAGAUACGAAAGGUUGCUGAAGGUGUGUUCCAUAGCUCUCGUGGGCAAGUACACAAAGCUAAGUGACUGCUAUGCAUCUGUUUUCAAAGCUCUGGAACACUCUGCACUGGCAAUUAAUUACAAACUGGAUUUAAUGUACAUAGAUUCAACAGAACUUGAACGUACAACAGAAGCAGAAAACUCAGUGAAAUAUCACCAGGCAUGGCACAAACUGUGCAAAGCAGAUGGCAUUCUGGUCCCAGGAGGCUUUGGAAUUAGGGGAACAGAAGGCAAACUCCAAGCUAUCUCCUGGGCAAGAACAAAGAAAAAACCUUUUCUUGGAGUUUGCCUGGGAAUGCAGUUAGCAGUUGUGGAAUUUGCAAGAAACUGUUUGAAUUGGGAAGAUGCAAAUUCUACAGAAUUUGACCCAGACACAAAAAACCCAGUUGUUAUUGACAUGCCAGAACACAAUCCUGGAGAUAUGGGAGGAACAAUGAGACUGGGGAAGAGGAGGACUGUUUUUAAAACUGAAAAUUCUGUUUUAAGGAAGCUUUAUGGUGAUGAAAUGUUUGUAGAGGAGCGACACAGGCAUCGAUAUGAGGUGAACCCAGAAUUGACUCACUGCUUUGAAGAGAAAGGUUUGAAAUUUGUUGGCCAUGAUACGGAAGGGAACAGGAUGGAAAUUAUUGAACUGGAGAAUCACCCAUAUUUUGUGGGAGUUCAGUUCCACCCAGAAUUUUCCUCAAGACCUAUGAAACCUUCACCUCCAUACCUUGGACUGUUGCUAGCAGCAACUGGGACACUGAAUGCUUACCUGCAGCGUGGAUGUAAAUUGUCUCCAAGUGACAGCUACAGUGACCUAAGUGAUGACAGCUCUCCAGAAAAAGAGUUUCCUUAUUCUGACACAAGCUGAAAUGAUUAUAUGAGAGCACAGAAAUGGAUGAUGCUAUUGAGAAACUUGGGAACAGGACAAUAUUGAAUAGAAGAAAGUAGAAGAGUAAGCUGCUUGCAGUUCUCAUACUGUUUCUUCCUCUGCUAUGUUCAAUAAUUCUCAUUACAGAUGACAGUUUUACUGUUCUUUAGCAAAAAUCGUUCUGUGUAAAUGCUGUUUCAAAAGUUACCAAACGAUUCUGCACCUUAGCUGUUAAUCAUUAUUAUUUUGUUGUAUAUUUUAGAGUGAUCUCAGGUGAAUAUGUAUCAAUUCACUAGUUCACAGCUUUCUUGAUUUGAAGGAAGAUUUGACUGGUUUCAGUUUGCCUUGGAACAGGAAGAAAAAAACGUAUUAGUUCUUGGGAAUGAGGCAGGGAAUGCACUAAAGCAUUUAAGAGAAAAUUGUCUUUCUCUUGAGCAGUAGAAAACCAUUUCGGGUUUUUUUCCUAUUAAGCUUGUAUAUAUAUUUUUAUUAAUUUUUUUGCUGUUCAAUAUGUACAAAUGAAAAACUGUUGCUGUAUCUCAGCUUUAUGUAAUUAUAGUAAUUAAUGUUGGAUACAAGUUUUUUCACUUUGCUUUUAUAAGCAAUUUGAUUUCACAUAAAUUCAUUUGCUGUAUUUCUUCUGGAAGACUGAUAAUCCUGAACAUAAUUCUAACCUACAAAAUUACAGAAGUGAUAUUAGAAGGUGGUUUCAUAUUUGUAUUUUGUAAGAGAGAAAGUAAAUACGUUCAUAUAUUAAACUCCAGUUUUAACACUUUUGUGAAAGUUGUAGAAAAACCAGUGUAGAAAAACCAGUAGAAAAACACCUGGGGUGUUAUCUGGGCUCCAGAUGUGCCACACUCAGUUAGUUGCAGUAAAUAAGUGUGAAGCAAAUUAAGUAAGGUUCACCUUUGUUUCCCUGCGUCCUGUGACCACUCCAUCAUCAUGGCACUUAUUCCCGAAUAGAAUGGAAUGCUGUGUUUUAAGUUAGAAAUCACAAGUUGUUCCACUGCAUCACAACUCAGGCAGCCCUGCAAAGCCAGGGCUGGAGCCUGAACCACUGAGUAAGAAGAGGAAGGUGAGAGGUGCUCUCUGGGUAAGGCAGCAUUAAGGUGUAAGCGGUGUAAGGACCCAUUAGCAUUGGGGCAUCACCAAACCUGUCACAGAAGGUGAACCUGAGCUAUAUAACUGAGGGGCUCCAAAUGCUUAGGGCACACUUUCUUAUAAAGAAAAGUUCUGAAUUUUGAGAGUUGGGUUUCAUUUUGGUUUUGGGUAAAGUGUCUUCUUUAAUUCAUCAAAAGUCAAUAUCCACACAAAAAUAAGAAGCACCAUGUUCCUUAUUGCAGCUUUGUAAAACAAAAAGUUUGAGAGCUGUGCAUUGCUCUAGAAAAUCUCAGGUUACACAGCAAAUUUGUCUUUUCACUAAAAGAAGCUUUAAUGGUAAUGCAACAUAAAAUGUAUUUUUAUGGCCACACUUUCCUAAAGUAGUUUGUGAAUAUGUGCCUUAGAAAUACUGACAGCAAAAUUGGUGCCACUGUAUGUCUUCCCCGAUGAGAGACACUGGCCACUGCUUUAUGAAAAGUGAAGAAUUUCCUAAGAUUGUCUGUAAUGUGCAAAUGUAUUUUGAAAACAUUUCAAUAAAUUGUAUUAUUUGGAA